CCCGCGGCCGGCCGCAUGAAGGACUGCGAGUACCAGCAGAUCAGCCCCGGGGCUGCCCCGCCGCCCGCCUCCCCCGGGGCGCACCGCCCCGGCCCCGCCGCGCCCCCCGUCCCGGGCCCCGGGCCCGCAUCCGUCGCCCCCGCAGCACCGCGCUGGAGCGGCAGCGGGAGCCUCGGCCGCCGCCCGCGGCGCAAGUGGGAGGUGUUCCCGGGCCGCAACCGCUUCUAUUGCGGCGGCCGCCUCAUGCUGGCCGGCCACGGCGGCGUCUUCGCGCUCACGCUGCUGCUCAUCCUCACCACCACCAUCCUCUUCUUCGUCUUCGACUGUCCCUUCCUGGCCUGCCAGCUGACCCUGGCCAUCCCCAUCAUCGCUGCCAUCCUCUUCUUCUUCGUCAUGAGCUGCCUGCUGCAGACAAGUUUCACCGACCCUGGCAUCCUUCCCCGGGCCACGGUCUGCGAAGCGGCUGCCCUGGAGAAGCAGAUCGACAACACAGGCAGUUCCACGUACCGGCCGCCCCCUCGGACGCGGGAGGUGAUGAUCAAUGGACAGAUGGUGAAACUCAAAUACUGCUUCACCUGCAAGAUGUUCCGGCCACCCCGGACCUCCCACUGCAGCGUCUGCGACAAUUGCGUGGAGCGGUUUGACCAUCACUGCCCCUGGGUGGGCAACUGUGUGGGGAAACGGAACUACCGCUUCUUCUACGCGUUCAUCCUCUCCCUCUCGUUCCUGACGGCCUUCAUCUUCGCCUGCGUGGUCACCCACCUGACGCUACGCUCUCAGCGAAGCAACUUCCUCUCCACUUUGAAGGAGACACCUGCCAGCGUGCUGGAGCUGGUCAUUUGCUUCUUCUCCAUCUGGUCCAUCCUGGGCCUCUCAGGGUUUCACACAUACCUCGUCGCCUCCAACCUGACGACUAAUGAAGAUAUCAAAGGCUCGUGGUCCAGCAAGAGGGGCGGUGAGGCCUCUGUCAACCCCUACAGCCAUAAAAGUAUUAUCACCAACUGCUGUGCUGUGCUCUGUGGCCCCCUACCCCCCAGCCUGAUUGACCGGAGGGGAUUUGUGCAGCCGGACACCGUGUUGCCCUCGCCCGUCAGAAGUGAUGAGCCAGCCUGCAGAGCCAAGCCUGAUGCCCGCAUGGUAGGAGGCCACCCCUGAGAGGGGCUCAGUACUUGCCACAUGCUGGUCUGUCCACUCCUCCGCACUCACCCGCGCUCCACACCUGCCGGGACCCUUCCCAUUCCAUCCAAGAGAAGCAGAGCUGCCAGAGACUCAAGUCAUUUUGUAUUUAUUUCCUGCCCCGCGUGGCUUUCCUCCAACUGCUGUGGCUGUACCCUCUGCUCCCCAAGUCCAGGUUCCCGCUGCCGAGGGGACCAUGCCAAGUCCCUGCCUGUGUGAGUGAGGGUGCAGACUGAGCGUGAGGCCUCCCAGUGGGGGGCACUGCUUGGGCCUCUGGUGAUGCAGGACUGCAGGGCAGGAAGCCCCCUCCCUUCCCCCGGGAGCUGCUGUGGUUAGGGGCUCCUGCACUCACUUCUCCUCACGGGUGCUCAUUUCUCCUGGUAUGGAAUUGACCAGUAGGAAUAGUGCUGGGGUUCCGUGGAGGGAACAGGGUUGGGGGGCCAGGAGACAGCGUGUGUCACAGAAAGCCCAGUGGACACCCAAAACUUCACCCUCUGUACACCCUCCCAUCCAAGGGGGGACUUUCUUAAGGGACCCCAGCCAUUACCUCCUGACCCCCACACUUCCCACCUAAGUAAGGACUCGGGCAGGGUAGUUUAUAUUCUUACUGGCAAUACUUGAAAUGGGUUUACUAAUGCUGGGUAUUUUGCACAAUUUUAUAAAGCUUUUUCUACAUAGCAUUUUUAAGUGGAAGGAUAAGACAGUUAGUUAUAUGGCUAUCACUGUAGUGCCAGGCAAAGGCUUGUCGGAAGGCUGGCUGGUUGUCGUAAUUUAUUAUAGGAGACCUGGCUGUGAAAGAAGGGGCGUAUGUGUGCGUAUGUGUAUGUGCGCAUUUGGUCACAUGUGCCCUUGUACAAGUGUGACUGGCUCCCAUAUUCCCUGGCUGCCCCACCCCCUGAGCCAUGGAGACAGGGAGUAACUGGUCCUAAGAGACCCCUGGGAUCGGGCUACCCGUGGCCCCCAGCCUCAAGUCAGGCGUCCAGCUGGGAUCUGCCCAGACAGGCGGGCAAGUGGGCGGGUGGGUAGGUGGGGUGAUGGCUGCUGUUCUGUAAACCACACGCCCUCUCCCAUGCUCUGUAGUCUGGGACCCAGUGCCAGAGACUGGAGGACAGGAUGUGUUUGUGCCAACGGGGGGGGGGUCCAUCCCGAGGAAAAGACAAGAGAAGCAGCAGGGUGGGCCUAGAGGCGAGUGGGGAAGGGUCCCAGUCUGGGCCAGGAAUGCAGGCCGUCCCUGUGGUGGGAGCUGUAGUUUCCCAUCCAGUAGGCAGAGAAUUGUACCGAAAGCACCCCUCUUCACCCUUCUGGGAGCCUGAAGCCUUGGAAAAUGACGUAGGAAGUCACUGGCCCUUGCCCUGCCUUGCUGCAGAAGCUUCCAGGUCACAGCUGGGCAGUGGCAGCCACAGAGGGGCCUGCUGUGGGAGAAGCAGCUUUGCCCCACCCCAGGGCCCUGGGAACAGGGAGGGAGCCAGCCAGAGGGAGGGGCUCCCAUGGGCCUCUUAGUUCAGCCAGUAUCCUUUGUUCCUGCUUGUAAUAAAACUUUGGUUUUGAAGA